AUGAAUACCACAAAGCCUCCGCGACGACCCGCGCGAAGCUGUACAGAAUGCGCCCGUCGAAAGGUGAAAUGCCGCAACGGAUACCCCUGCGAGGCAUGCGUUCGCCGAGGACGAGCACAGAGCUGCGUCCUGACGGAGAGCACCGGCUCAGUUCCGGUUUCUGCAGAUAAACCUCACAGCAGAGUAAACGAGAUUGAUCAGGAGCGACUGCUAGUCCAAGACCGCGUGUCGCUAAUGGAGACGUACGCAGCCGAUCCAUUGCUCCGGGCGAGUCAUGGGCCGCAGGACAGUCCGGAAGACCUUCUGGUCAUCCUAGAGUCGCUGUCGCAUGGCCGAGCCUCUGCCGAAAGGCAAUCAAACGAGCUGACUGGCCUCUAUCAUCUCUACCAGCCCAUUCAGCAAGUAAUGCUGAUGCUGCUUCCCGAUCGCGGGGCCAGUGACACCCUGGUCCGCUUUGCGCUGAACCAGCUGUCAUGGCUGCAUUGUGGCGUCCGCACCGGGCAGUUCUGGGAGGAGCACCAGCUCUUUUGGGAAAUGAUGGAGCGAGGUCAUAGGGACCUACUCAAAGACCAUAGCUGGAUGGCCCUGUACUUGGGUAUUCUUGCGGCCGCAUGCCUGUACAUCAGUCCUGACCAACGCCCGCCGCUACCACAGCUGCUGCACCUGCAGCCGGGCGCAUUGCCAGUCAUGGAUGAGGCGGAUCCCGGCGUGGCAUUGGCGAAGAUCUGGUCUGAAGCCGCGAUGGACGAGCUGGAUGCAUCGCGACCGCUUGCUCGCCCGAGUCUAAGAACGAUCCAAACUUUUGCCAUCUUGACCCUGUGCCAUGGCAGUUUCGGACAGAUGGAGCGCCAGUACCUUUUGCUGGGUACCGCCAUCCACACGGCGCGCUGUUUGGACAUGCACUUGCUGGCGAACGAGGGCAGCUGCCCGCCACAUAUCCGGCAGAGACCAGAAUGGCGCACAGCAGAGGACCGCCACCUCGGCCGGCGGCUCUGGUGGACUCUCGUUGUCUGUGACUGGCUGGGUAAGCUGUCACGCCCGUCAUCAAUAUCGCUCACAGGCUUCAACACCAGUCUGUCACCGUCGGCGAGUGACGCGGAGCUUCUCUUCCAAGACACUGUCUGGAGUGCCACUUCGGGGUAUUCACCUCUGUGGCAUCUCCAGGUCAUUUCUAGGCUCGCUAUGGUUGUCUACUCGAAUAUCAAAGCACCAAGAGACCUGGACUUGUCUAAGCUACUCCGUGCUGUCGAGCAGGUUCAGGAGAUUCUCCACCAGGUUACUCAACAAGCGCCGACACAUCUGGCAGCUGACGCCCCCACCUGGCUGCAGAGUCAGCACUUCUUGGUCCUAUACACAAUCCAUUUCCUGCGCAUCACCGUGGCCCGAGCAAACCUUGUGCGAUGUCUGAAGGAUCCGGGACAACCUGGUCUGACAAUCGCCCAGGGCGUUCGUGCUGCGCUCGAAAUCUUACGAGUAUCUGAAAGCCCGAAGCCAUUCAUAGUUCAAAGGAGUUGGAUAACAUCUUCAGCAACACUCGCAGCUGGCGUUUUUCUCGCGGUGCACCUCCUAGCCCUCAAGAAUACGUUCUCGGAGGACCAGAUCGCGACUCGCCGCCAAGUGAUCCAGUUCGCCGCGGCUUCAGUUCGCUUACUGGACCUGAAUGCCCGCGGUCUGUUGUCCCGCGGCGCAGAUCUGCUAGAAUCGCUUUUAAUCCAGGAGUCCCGCUGCAUUCCCUCUGACCGCAUGGAUAAAGAAACCCUUGUUAUGAUCUUGGAGCAGGCAGAGUCCGGCAAGACGCCGACGUACGCCCCAGAACAGGUGGCCGACUUGGAUCUUUACACAAGCUCUCAAGCGGGCAGUCCUGCCGCGCAAUUUGUAGAUGGCGAGUCUGGUAUAGGAUUCUUCUCCUGGACCGGCGAUCCUUUUAUGGGGACGCAUGCGGACACCAUUGCUCAAACCGGCGAUUGGGAUGAUUGGUUGUAGGACGCCGGAAAUUGUCUUGUUUAAUAGGAAUUGUUUGUAAGCUAGAUUCCAUUCCAAUCCGGGGGAUCAAUAAAGACCCGGCAGUCAUGCUUACCUCCCCGAAGCCCUCCCCCUCUCUUCCGUCCACUUCUCAUCUGGCGUGGACCCCCACUUAAUCCGGAGCAACACCCGCAUCUUGCGCUUCACCUCAGAUCA